GUUAAUGACUGAGUAUUUAGGGAAGCACACAUCUAUUAAAUGCUACACAAUCGAACAAUUCAAUUGCAGAAGCGGGGGCAGUGAAAUAGUGAAACUCAUCAUCCACGUUACCAACAACAUAACUAAAUGCGAACAAACAAUACAUACAGUUGCCAAGUUCCCUCCCAAAAAUGAGUCCACCAGAAAGAUUUUUAACACCGAAGUCACAUUUAAAAAUGAAAUCGAGUUCUACAGAACAGUUAUACCAAAACUUAGGCGGUUUUUUGAAGAACACGGACUUGAACCGCCAAAUUUUUUUCCCGACUUUGUUGCUGGACGAGUGAGUUUCAAUGGUGAAAAUGUGGACGACGAUGCCGUUUUAAUACUAGAGGAUUUAAAUAAACAGGAUUAUUACGUUAAUAACUGCGAAGACGGUUUUGAUUUGAUUCAAACUAAAUCGAUAUUAGAAAAUUUGUCUCAACUACAUGCAGUUGGAAUUGCUAUGAGGGAACAAAAACCUGAAGAAUUUGAACAUUUCAUUCGACCAUAUUUAAAUGGAAUUACUUUUGGGAGCAAUAUGGAAGAAGGAAAUCUAUUAAAAAGUGAAGUCAAGUUAUACUUGUCAUUGUUAAAUGAAAAUAAUGACCUAAAAAAUUGGUCAAGUGAAUUGUGUGAACAUCUCCAAGUAAAUAACAUGCGUCGUAUCAAAGAAGAUGAGUCUUAUACAAUUGUACACGGAGAUUUAUGGAUGAACAACAUAAUGCUUAAAUCAGGAAAUAAAAAAGUGAUUGGAAUUAAAAUUGUUGAUUAUCAAGUUUGUCAAUUUCAAUCUCCCCUUGACGAUUUGAUCUUUUUCCUAAUGAUGAGUGUACAAAACGAAAUACUCAACAACCACUUCGAUGAUUUGUUACAAUUUUAUUACAAGAAUUUUACCAGAACGUUACAAAAGUUAAAAUGUACAACAAAUUUUUCUAUAGGAUGGUUUGAACACGAAUUAAAGAACGUCAGCAAAAGACAAUUUUUUCAUAGUGUUCUAAUGUUGCGUCCUAUUUUUAUGCCGAAAGGCAAAGGUAGGGAACCAACGGUAAAAUUGAGGCAGAAAUUUUACUGCAUAAUGCAGAAUUACAUAAAAAAAGACUGGUUAAAGUAAUCUAGUAAUAAAUUUCUUUAAAAUAUUUAAAAAUACAAUAUUUUAAAACUAAUUGUUUUUGAUUUUUCUACUUCUUUAAGGAUUUCCCAUACGUCCUUUAGGUCCUUCGUUCUUGACUUAUUCAUAAAUACCCAUAUAAUAGUUAAUAUAUGAUAUAUAAUUCUGUUUUUCAGGGAACCAGCGGUAAAAUUCAGCCAUAAAUUUUAUUGCAUAAAGCAA